AUGGAAUUUAUUACUAAAGAUAUAUUAGAGCUUGAAAGUAUAUUGGAACUUUACAACUGGGUUCAAAAUUAUGAUAAUUCCAAGGUACCUACAAAAAGAAGCAUAUUUCUGGAAGUGAAAAGUAAGCUUAAUUUAAAAAUAGUAAAUAAAAACAAUCUUUUAACGCCAAAAACCACUGGAUUAUUAAAAAAUGGAAGUUCUAGAGCCUGUGCUAAACACGGCGAAAAUUUGAGUGAAAAAAGGUAUUAUCCACAAAGAAUUCAAAAUUACAUGGGAAUAGGUUCCGAUUUAUGUGGUAAAAGUAUCGAGAGAAGAUCAAGACCGUCAACACUUUGUUCAAUUUAUCCAAUAUCUGCAUUUUCUAGAAUCCACGAAACACUUUUAGAUGCAAGUUAUAGGAAUAGUAGAAUCUGUGAUUAUAAUAAUAGCUCUUCUGAUGGAGGUGAGAGCAGUGAGGAGUAUAGGUCUUAUAUGGGUGAAGAAACAGGAGUUGAUUAUAACUUGAAUAGUAAGUGCCAAGAAAUUAAGAGAAAAAGUUUGAAAAAAGAAUCAGAAAAGUCAAUUAUAGAUAAUAAGAUAGUAUUCGAUGAAACCGAAUGUGGGAAAGCAAAAUAUAAUUUUAAAUUCAGUCGUGAAAUUGACAUAAAGUCUUUAAGUAACUUAAUAAUAUAUCUCAAAAAUAUUAUUAGGUCACGAAGUGGUAGUAGUUGCAUGAAUGAUGAUGAUUAUUUAAGAAGUGGUAAUAACUUUUGUUUUUUAACACUUUGGAAAAAGAUUGAAGAAUCUACACAACAAAAAGUUGGUGAAUUAAAUGAAGAAAUUACUGUUUGGCAACAACUUAGAGAUGUUUUACUAUUAACAGGAAUGUCUUUAAAGUAUCCAACUUGGUCUGGGGAACAAUUAACUAAUAUUAUAACUAGAAUUUGUCCAAAAAAAAUCUUGAAUCUAAUCAUUGAAAAUAAUAGAAGUAAACUUCAAAGCAAUGGUGAUAAGAACGAAAUAUGUUAUCAAGGAUUAUCUGAACUAUAUUAUACAUUUAUUGAAAACUCAAAAAAUGUUUUCGACCUAUUUUCCGUAAGUAAGCUCAUAGAAGAAAGUUUAACCAAGUAUAUAAAUUUGAUUAAAACUUUGAAAUAUGAUCAAAUAUUAUCAGGAGUAAGUAAAGAAAUUGAAAAUUUAAAAAUUGAAAAUAACCAACUAUCUUCUGAAGAAAAGGACUUUUUGGAGGUACUAUCCACAUAUAGUACUUGUGGAGAAUAUGGAUUUGAUGAAGACGGAUAUGCCAGUGUUUUAGAAACUGACUAUAACGAGUUUUCUGGAAACAAUAUUAUGGUAGACUCUAAUAAAAGAGAAUCCAAAUUAAUUGACUCUCUUGGUCUUUUUGUUAAUUUGAGUGAUGUAAAAAGGCCAUUAAUAGAUGAUUACGCUUCUAACAAAGUUAAUAGCAGUAUUAGCUUUUCAAAUGGAAGUAAUAUAGAAAACUCAAAUACCACUAUGAUUACAUCAACAACUACAACAGCAAAUAAUAAUGAAAGAAAUAAUACGGCGAAAUUAAACUCAGUCGCUGAUUUAAAUGAUGAUAACAAUGAUGAGUUUGAAUUUAAUAUUGGUAAUUCAGUUCAACAAAUAAAUGAAAAUAUCAUAAAUUUGGGUAUUUCAAGAAAACUUUUUCAAGACUUAAUUAAUGAAACAUUAAUCAAAAACUCUUCUUCUUCUUCUUUAGUUUACAUUGAAAAAGGCACACUUAUAGAUGCAUGCAGAAUUAUUGAUGAUUGUAUUUACCACUCAAACUCAAUUUUGGAGUAUUGCCAUAAAAAUAAGGUGGUUAAAAACAAAAAUUCAUCCAGAAUAGCUCUAAUUUGGUUUUUUAUUUCGAUAAUUAUUAUUUUAUUCAUCAUUUUUGUCGGAAAACACAACCCAGCUAUUGAAUUAAUAGAAAAAACUGCAUUCAAAUCGAAUGAUCAAUAUUUCAAGUCAGGAGGAAUACCUAUUAGGUCACUUAAUUCAAAAGAGAAUUUGGAGCUUCAUGGAAAAGAUAACUCUCAUUCUAAAACCCAUAAUAAUUUGAUUAAGGCGUCUGAUUGUAUUCUAUCAAAGGACACAAACCAAGUUGGUGUAAAUUCUGACAUAUGCAAUGUAAUUGGAGACAUUACCGCCGAAUGCAGUAUGAUACAAGUUAUUUGCAUUAGUAUUGUGGAUAGAAGUAAUCAGCCUUUAUUGUUUAGAACAUUGGAAAAUGAAUCAUUGGAUUCGCUCCAUUUUGCAGUAUAUUCUGCUCUGGAUAUCAUUGAGAGAAAGACCAGUGGAGAUGCCAUGGAAGGGUCUUUGGAUCCGUAUUUAGGUUAUUUAGGCCCUGCAAUUAGUUUAAGCUAUGAAUAUGAAAUUUAUGGCUUUCUAAGCUUCUCACACGUAAAGAUAAUUGUAGUACUACAAGACCAUCCUGAAAACGAAAUUGAACUCAGAAAUUUCUUUCAUAACAUAUAUAAAGCCUAUGUGGAUUCUAUAUGUAAUCCCUUCUUAUUAAGAACAAUAGAAACUCCUAAAUUAAUUGCUAAGAUCGACAGAUUAAUUUCAAAUGCUCGAGAAGUUAACAUUCAGAUAGACAAGAGUCACUCAUGA